UCCCACCUAGGUGCCCCGAAGCACCUAAACGUCGUUCAGAUUCCCCUUGCUUCCACCCAAGUGGCGUUUAGUAUAUCGUUCAGAUUCUAUUCGAAUACACCCGGGUGAAGUGAGGAAAGCACCCUACUCUUGAUGCAGGGUGCCAGCGAGUAGAUUUUAAAUAUUUUGCGCGGCAAGUAAACAAUUGACGAUAAAGUGAAAAAGAGUGCUUACUACACAAAGAAUGAACCUGAAACUCGUAGUCACGGAGAAUGGUUCUCCAGUUAUUGAGCACAAUAAGCUAGUUGUGUGGGACGUUGAUGGUAAUUGUCCAGUGCACCUCGAUAUGACACCUGAAAAUCUUGUAUCUUUCAAUCUACAAGUAAAAAUAAAUUCCUCAGGUAAGAGUCAAGAAACAGAAACACUAUUGUCUAAUGAGCAGCUCACUGUGAACUGCGAGAAUGCAAGUUCACAAAGUCAACAGCUUACUGACAUCUCUAGCAAGAAAAAAAAUGCAACAUCAUGGAAAGAUAACCAUGCUGUCAAAACCCUCAUUGAAGAGUGGAGGGAACAUGAAAACUAUUUCAAGAGCACUACUAUUACUAAUAAAAAAGUCUGGGAAAUGAUAGCUAGUAGAUUGAAAAAAGAGAAUCCACUCUGGAACUACACUGGUCAGCAGUGUGAGGAUAAAUUCAAGGACCUUAGAAAACAUUAUAUAAAAGCUAGGGACCAAAAUGAAAAAAGCAGUGGCCUUCCAGUUGUUACCUGCAAAUUUUAUAAAGAGAUGGAUGAUGUUCUUGGUGAUAAACCAGCUGUGAAACCUAUAUGCAUAGCUUCAACAUUAAAAAAACGUUAUCAACCUGAUUCCCAGGACUCUUCAAGCACAGCUUCUGCAACUUACACAGUAAUAGUGAAAAUGACAGUGAUCGUGGUUAUGAUUGUUCCUCUAAAUUUAAAAAGAAAAGAAAAGUGUUACUGAAAGAAAUCUCGAAAGACUACUUGCUAUUAGAACAGAGGAAUCUAAAAAAAAGGAAGAGGCUCAACAGAAAAGGCAUAUUGAACGAAUGCAGCGUCAAGAUCAUGCAAUUGAAAUUUAUCAAAGUGCAAUGAACCGACUAUUAGAAAAGUUGUAGUUAGAGAAGUUAUAAGUAAUGCAAGAAGUAGAGAAUAGAGAAGUAGUGCAGUUUUUCCCUGUUUUCACCAAUAUAUGUCACUUUUUAAAAUUAUUUUAUUUUUUUCGAGUUUCUGUUGUGAUUAAAACACUUAAUAUUUUCGUUGGGUAUCAGAGAUCUAUGUUUAAAGAUAA